GCCCGCAGCGAACCGCGCUGCGCCCCGCACGGCCGUGAUGCGAGCAGCGCGCCCGAGCCGUCCGCGCCGCGCCACCGCCUCCUCCGGCCGGCCCUCGACUCUGUCCCGCGUUCGAGCUCUUGCGAACUUCGACCGAGUCCCGGAGCAGCUGCAGCGCCGCAGCGGUAACGCGGAGAGUGUGGGAGUGCAGAGCGAGCGUCGACGGCGAGUCUCACGUAAACACUAUCGAUCGACGACUCCGGUGCACGUUGAAUCAUGAAAACAUAUUCGUUUCCGGCCGCGCCAGGACCCAGUGCGUGCCGCGAGCCACUCGAUCGAUUCGAGUCCUCAGCCCUCGAGUGCGGCUGUGAGCGAGCCGAGUUCUAUACGUCGUCUCUGUGCGAUCUGCGAACCGAUUCAUGUGCCUAAUUAAGUUACCUCCUCUGGAGCAAGUAUUUGCGUGCGCUCGGGUUCGAUCAAAUCUGUAGCCAAAGCUGGUGCGGCUAGUUGGAACCGACUGACGAGACACGUGGUGCCGCAGGAUGCCCGCCGCGCGACUCGACUGACGGCUGGCUGCAGUGAGGCGGCAUGCCGGGCGGCCGCCGGGGGCUCGUGGCCCCUCAGAACACCUUCCUCGAGAACAUCAUCCGCCGCUCCUCUUCUCAGCCAGACAGCAGCUUCCUGCUCGCCAACGCGCAGAUCGUGGACUACCCCAUCGUGUACUGCAACGAGACCUUCUGCAAGAUGAGCGGCUACAACCGCGCCGAGGUCAUGCAGAAAUCUUGCAGAUGCACGUGGAUGUACGGCGAGCUGACGGAGAAGGAGGCGGUGGAGCGCGUGGACCGCGCACUGGACCACCACCUCACCGACCAGUUCGAGAUUCUGCUCUACAAAAAGAACCGGACGCCGCUGUGGCUGCUGGUGCACGUGGCGCCCAUCCGCAACGAGCGCGAGCUGGUGGUGCUGUUCCUGCUCACGUUCCGCGACAUCACGGCGCUCAAGCAGCCCAUCGACGCGGACGACCCCAAGGGAGGUCUGUCCAAGUUCGCGAAGCUGGCGCGGUCGGUGACGCGCUCGCGCUCCGUGCUGGUGUCGGCGCUGCCCGCGCUCAAGGAGCCGGCGCGCCAGAGCCACCUCGCGCAUGUGAUGUCGCUGUCGGGCGACGUGCUGCCGCAGUACCGGCAGGAGGCGCCGAAGACGCCGCCGCACAUCCUGCUGCACUACUGCGCCUUCAAGGCCAUCUGGGACUGGAUCAUCCUGUGCCUCACCUUCUACACGGCCAUCAUGGUGCCGUACAACGUGGCCUUCAAGAACAAGACGAGCGAGGACGUGUCGCUGCUCGUCAUCGACUCGAUCGUGGACGUGGUGUUCUUCAUCGACAUCGUGCUCAACUUCCACACGACGUUCGUGGGGCCCGGCGGCGAGGUGGUCAGCGACCCCAAAGUGAUCCGCAAGAACUACUUCAAGUCCUGGUUCCUGAUCGACCUCCUCUCUUGUCUGCCUUACGACGUCUUCAACGCCUUCGACCACGACGAAGACGGCAUCGGCAGCCUGUUCAGCGCGCUGAAGGUGGUGCGGCUGCUGCGCCUGGGCCGCGUGGUGCGCAAGCUGGACCGCUACCUGGAGUACGGCGCCGCCAUGCUCAUCCUGCUGCUGUGCUUCUACAUGCUGGUGGCCCACUGGCUGGCGUGCGUGUGGUACAGCAUCGGCCGCUCCGACGCCGACUCGGGCCUGCAGUACUCGUGGCUGUGGAAGCUGGCCAACGUGACGCAGAGCCCGUACUCGUACGUGUGGUCCAACGAGUCGGACGGGCCCGAACUGGUGAACGGGCCCUCGCGCAAGACCAUGUACGUUACCGCGCUCUACUUCACCAUGACGUGCAUGACCUCCGUGGGCUUCGGCAACGUCGCCGCCGAGACCGAUAACGAGAAGAUCUUCACCAUCUGCAUGAUGAUCGUGGCAGCCCUGCUGUACGCGACCAUAUUCGGGCACGUGACGACCAUCAUCCAGCAGAUGACGUCGGCGACGGCCAAGUACCACGACAUGCUGAACAACGUGCGCGAGUUCAUGAAGCUGCACGAGGUGCCCAAGGCGCUGAGCGAGCGCGUCAUGGACUACGUCGUCUCCACCUGGGCCAUGACCAAGGGCCUCGACACGGAUAAGGUGCUGAACUACUGCCCCAAGGACAUGAAGGCGGACAUCUGCGUGCACCUGAACCGCAAGGUGUUCAACGAGCACCCCGCGUUCCGCCUGGCGUCGGACGGCUGCCUGCGCGCGCUGGCCAUGCACUUCCACAUGUCGCACUCGGCGCCCGGCGACCUGCUCUACCACACGGGCGAGUCCAUCGACUCGCUGUGCUUCAUCGUCACCGGCAGCCUCGAGGUCAUCCAGGACGACGAGGUGGUCGCCAUCCUCGGCAAGGGCGACGUGUUCGGCGACUCGUUCUGGAAGGACAGCGCGGUGGGGCAGUCGGCCGCCAACGUGCGCGCGCUCACGUACUGCGACCUGCACACCAUCAAGCGCGACCGCCUGCUGGAGGUGCUGGACUUCUACCAGGCCUUCGCCAACAGCUUCGCGCGCAACCUCACGCUCACCUACAACCUGCGCCAUCGACUCAUUUUCCGAAAGGUGGCGGACGUGCGUCGAGAGCGAGAACUCAUGGAGCGGCGGAAGCGCGAGCCGCAGCUCGAGCAGGCGCAGGACCACCUCGUGCGCAAGAUAUUCUCCCGCUUCCGGCGCGAGCGCAGCGUGGCGGCCGCGCCCGCGCCCGCGCGCGCCGCCCCGCUGGCGCCCGGCCCCGCCCCGCCGGCGCCCGGCCCCGCCCCGCCGGCGCCCGGCCCCGCCCCGACCGACGCCGAGCAGCCGGGCGGCGCGGGCGCGGGCGAGGCGCCGGCCGACGGGCGCGCGGCGGCGGCGCGCGGCAAGUGGGGCCGGCUGCUGGCGGGCGGCUCGCUGGACGCGGGCGAGGCGCCGCGCGCCGCCUUCAGCCGCUCGCUGAGCGCGCGGGACCGCGCCGCGCCCCCCGCCCCCGGGGGCGGGCCCGCCUUGUCGGAACCCGCGCCCGCCGCCACCACGCUCGCGCCCACGCUCUCGCUGAAAGCAGCAUUCACGCGAAACCGCGCGAGUAGCGUGUUAGGAGCGGCGACGCGGCGGGAGGCCAUCGACGAAGAGACCCUCGCCGCGGGCGCCACUGUCACCACCACGGCGGCCGUCAGCGCCGGCGGGCCGCCCGCCGCGCCCGCCGGCCCGCCCGCCGGCCCGCCCGCAGCGCCCGCCGCCACGCCCCCCGCGCAGGCCCCGCCCCCCGCGCCCGCCGUCUCGCCGCACGACGCCGCGCUGGCGGAGCUGCGGCGCGACGUGCGCAACGAAGUACAAAGACUACAACAUAAGCUAGCGAGGGUAGAAGAGCUCCUCACUUUGUUAGCGACGCGGCUCGGAGCGGACCCCAAUAAUGACUCGAGCCUCGACGCGUCCGCGGAGCGGACGGAACGGACGGAGCGGACAGACAGAGCGGACCGGGUGGACAGGCCGGACCGGACGGACCGAGCGGACAGGCCGGACCGCGCCGACAGACCGGACCGGGAACGGGACAGGAGCGAGCGCGGCGACCGCACGGACAGGAUAGACUCGGCCGGGGCCAGGAAACGACGCUCAAAGGUCCGGAGUAAAGGCGCCGCGCCUCAAGUGCCGACGCCCACCACGCCCAGCGAGUCGCCGGGCAGCCCGGGCGGGGCGGGGGGCGGGGCGGGGGCCGGGCCGGGGGGCGGGGCCGCGCGCCGCCGCGAGCUCGUGUAGCGCGCGGCGGCGGGCGAGCCGCAGUAGCGCGCCGCCCGCCGCGCCGCGCGCACGCGAGCGGAGCUGCCGCUGUCGGGCGUCUUGGACCAGUGUGUGGCGUCGGAGGGGAACCCUGCCUAGCGAUACGUCCCAAAACGCCGUCGGACAGAAUGCCGGACCGCUUCAUUCGGCCGUUACGCGCUUUCCUGUACAUACUCGCUUACGUUUAACUCGGAUCGUUCCAAUUCCGGCUGUAUAUUAUAGAUAAUGAUAUAAUAUUAGUUGUAGAACUUAGACGGAUACGACUUAUGUCUAGAUAAUGAUAAUACUCAAAAAUUGCCGCUAAGCGGUGAUCGCUUGCAUUAGUUUAUUAUUGUUUUAGACGACGAAUGACGUUGUCGUCUGUCGAUGCGGUGUGAUAUUAUUAAAAAGGCAUCCCGAGCUUAAAGCCGACUCGUACGCAUACGAGAGCGAAUGAAAUUCACAAAAAAUACUUAUCAAGUACCUAGUUAGAAUGUACAUUAGACCACUCUGUGUAAAUUGAAACUCAUCGCUCUAUAGCCGGUCUCGGGUCGCCGUCGUUUCGCUCGCCCUCGAUUCCGACUAAUAUUAAGGGUAAUAUACAAAUAAUAUCUCACAAUACAGGGAAAAACAAAUAGCUGUCGUUAUAAUCAGUCAAUAGGUAUACACUUUUUCUAAUAAAAACAAAACCUACUUAUUUUCUUAUUUCCUAUUCAAAAAAUACAACGGAACGUCGGGCGAGCGAACGAGCGAACGCGAAGUUCGCCAAGGUGCCACGGUUCGGUCUGCUUCAUAGUUCGUGCAUUACAUAGCUUCAUUCUACACACAGCUGACACUUAUUCAAAUGUAUAAAUAGUAUCUAAGCUGUUCGAUUGAUUGAAUUAUAUUAUACUAUAUCGUAAGUUAUGAUUAGUAGUUUGAAAAGCAAUAUUUAUAAUAUAAUGACUCACCUCCUUGUAAAUUAUACACGAUUGACCAAGUACUUUGUUAUUGCUCCAGAAUUAUGAUAAUUUACAAUUACGUCUCUUUGUAAAUAAUACUAUACUGUACCUACUGAUAUUAGCAUAUUUAAUAUUUUUUACUUCAGCACUGGAAGAUAGGACUGGAUCUGAUAUUACUGUUUGUUAUAAAUUAUAAUAUGAUUCUGAUUACCGCUUACCUAUAUUGUACAAAAACAAAGUGAUAUUAACGAAAUAAUUUGUAGUAAAAUAUCGAAUGAAUCGUUACAAAUUUUAAAGUUUAUUUGGCGAUAUUAUUAUUUACGACGUUUGUAACUUUAAGUAUGUUCACGAUACAUAUCUAAGUGAAAUGGCGCAAUAUGAACUUAUGUAACGACAUAAUUAGGUAUAUCUACUAACUAGGUGCGCUUUAUGCGUGUGAGGGGCGGCGCCUCUUAUUUAUUAUUUGUUCAUGUUUUUAAAGUUUAACAAACACCAGACGACGCGUCGCAAAGCCCUAUACGUAAUUUCAUAAUUAAUUGGUUAAUUCAUUUCGUACUCUGUCGUGUAAUAAAUCUCAUAAAUAUAAAUAUGUGCAAAUGAAUAUAAUUAGUAUAUUAACAACAGUAAUAAUGCUUUGCGUCGCGUCGCGUUUAGUGUUUAAAUUUGUGAAAUGGGAAGCUUAGUCACUGCAUUUCGGCAAACAACCUCACCCCGAUCUCCGAUCACCCGCGGGCAGCAGUCACUCAGUGCAGCAGUCACUCAGUGCAGCACACGUGCACGCUCUGUGAUCAUCGCCAUAUGCCCACAUAAUACUUUAACACACAUAAUAUGUUACCUGUUAAUACCUCUGUUACGCCUCUAGUUUCCCAAAUUCCUUGACAUUUUGCAGACAGUUAAAACCUGUAGUAUGUAAAUGUAAACCAGCAGAAGUGAGCUUUACGAUUCAAAAAGUGAGUGAUUUGUGAGUUGUCAGGAGGAGUCAGUUUGCGACUCGCAGUGAAAAGCCGCCUCACACUCACGCCUGUGUAUUGUCUACUGUCUACGAUUCAGUGCAACUGCAACGCUAAGCCGCGACUCCUUAUAUUUUUAUUGAAAUAUACUUUCAAGAAUAAGU